CUCAGAUCUCAUCUCACUCACAGGAGAAGAGAUAGAGAGAGACACAGGAAAAGUCUCAGUUUCUAUAUUAUUUACGAUAUACCCCUAAUAUGGCGGCUUCUGUAGAUAAUCGCCAGUACGCACGACUCGAACCAGGUUUAAACGGCGUCGUUCGCUCAUUCAAACCACCGGCUCCUCCGUCCCGGUCCGAUUCCCCAACCUCAACCCAGAACCAAACCGUGUUGUUUAAACCGGCUAUGAUACAAGAAGACGACGAAGACGUGUCAAGCGAUGACGAGAACGAAUCCGGUUACUACAAAGAGAUGAUACGCAAAUCCAACAGCGAGCUUGAGCCGUCGAUUCACGAUCCGAGAGACGAAUACACGGCUGACAGCUGGAUCGAGCGAAACCCUUCCAUGGUCCGUCUAACAGGGAAACAUCCCUUCAACUCCGAAGCUCCGCUCAACCAUUUAAUGCACCACGGGUUCAUCACACCCGUCCCGUUGCACUACGUCCGUAACCAUGGUCAUGUUCCUAAGGCCCAAUGGUCUGAAUGGACCGUUGAGGUUACCGGAUUUGUUAAACGCCCCAUGAAAUUCACCAUGGACCAGCUCGUUUCCGAGUUCACCUUCCGUGAGUUUGCCGCGACGUUGGUUUGCGCGGGGAACCGCCGAAAGGAGCAGAACAUGGUGAAGAAGUCUAAAGGCUUCAACUGGGGCUCUGCCGGAGUUUCCACCUCUGUGUGGCGUGGAGUUCCUCUUUGCGACGUACUACGUCACUGUGGAAUCUUUAGCCGGAAAGGCGGUGCGCUCAAUGUCUGCUUCGAAGGGUCGGAGGAUCUUCCUGGUGGUGCUGGAAGCGGUGGUUCCAAAUACGGAACGAGCAUCAAGAAAGAGUACGCCAUGGAUCCGUCAAGAGAUAUCAUUUUGGCUUAUAUGCAAAACGGAGAGUAUCUGACACCAGACCACGGGUUUCCGGUUCGAAUCAUAAUCCCCGGUUUCAUCGGUGGUCGGAUGGUUAAAUGGUUGAAGCGAAUCAUCGUCACCACUAAAGAAUCCGACAAUUUCUACCAUUUCAAAGAUAACAGAGUUCUUCCUUCGGACGUAGAUGCCGAACUCGCCGACGAAGAAGGUUGGUGGUAUAAACCGGAGUACAUAAUCAACGAGCUUAACAUAAACUCCGUGAUUACGACGCCAUGUCACGAGGAGAUUCUUCCCAUCAAUGCUUUCACAACUCAGAGACCUUACACUUUAAAGGGCUACGCAUAUUCCGGAGGAGGAAAGAAAGUGACACGUGUCGAGGUGACAAUGGAUGGUGGAGAGACAUGGAACGUGUGUACGCUUGACCAUCAAGAGAAACCAAACAAGUAUGGUAAAUUUUGGUGCUGGUGUUUCUGGUCACUUGAAGUUGAGGUUUUGGACUUGCUUGGUGCCAAAGAGAUCGCUGUUCGCGCUUGGGAUGAGACUCUCAACACUCAGCCUGAAAAAAUGAUCUGGAAUCUUAUGGGGAUGAUGAAUAACUGUUGGUUCAGAGUGAAGACUAAUGUGUGCAAGCCACAUAAAGGAGAGAUUGGGAUCGUGUUCGAGCAUCCAACUCUUCCAGGCAACGAAUCGGGUGGAUGGAUGGCUAAGGAACGUCACUUGGAGAAAUCCGCUGACGCGCCUUCAACGCUCAAGAAAUCUGUCUCGACACCAUUCAUGAACACAACUGCUAAGAUGUACUCAAUGUCGGAAGUCAAGAAGCAUAAUUCUGCUGAUUCUUGUUGGAUCAUCGUUCAUGGUCACAUCUAUGACUGUACCAAGUUCCUUAAGGACCAUCCGGGUGGUUCAGAUUCGAUCUUGAUCAAUGCUGGGAUGGACUGUACGGAGGAGUUUGAGGCGAUUCACUCUGAUAAAGCCAAGAAGAUGCUUGAGGAUUAUCGUAUCGGAGAGCUAAUUUCAACCGGCUAUUCCUCAGACUCUUCUUCGCCAAACACUUCGGUUCACGGUGGCUCAGCCGUAUUCUCGCUCUUGGCUCCGAUUGGAGAGUCAACUCCUGUUAGAAACAUCGCUUUGGUUAACCCACGGGCUAAAGUCCCAGUUCAACUUGUCGAAAAGACAUCAAUUUCUCACGAUGUUCGUAAAUUCCGCUUUGCUUUACCGGUUGAAGAUAUGGUUCUUGGUUUACCGGUUGGUAAGCAUAUCUUUCUCUGCGCCACAAUUAAUGACAAGCUCUGCCUAAGGGCUUACACACCGAGCAGCACUAUUGAUGUGGUUGGCUACUUCGAGCUCGUGGUCAAGAUUUACUUUGGUGGAGUCCAUCCGAGAUUCCCCAAUGGUGGGCUCAUGUCUCAGUACCUAGACUCGUUGCCUCUCGAGUCAACUUUGGAGAUUAAAGGACCAUUGGGUCAUGUUGAGUAUCUAGGCAAUGGUGAAUUCACGGUUCAUGGUAAAUCAAAAUUUGCUGAAAAAUUAGCAAUGGUGGCAGGUGGAACCGGUAUAACCCCGAUAUACCAAAUCAUGCAAGCCAUUUUGAAGGAUCCAGAGGAUGAGACUCAAAUGUAUUUGGUUUACGCGAACCGAACCGAAGAAGAUAUUCUUCUUAGGGAGGAAUUGGAUGGUUGGGCUGAGAAGUAUCCGGACCGGUUAAAGGUUUGGUAUGUUGUGGAAUCGGCUAAGGAAAGUUGGGCUUAUAGUACCGGGUUUAUAACUGAGGCGAUUCUUCGAGAGCAUAUCCCUGAUGGUUUAGAUGGCUCUGCACUUGCGAUGGCUUGUGGACCACCACCGAUGAUUCAGUUUGCGGUCCAGCCGAAUUUGGAGAAGAUGAAAUAUAACAUCAAAGAGGAUUUCUUGAUCUUCUAAGCAUAUUCCAAAAUAUUUUAAAAUUCAAAAAGUUGUGUGGUCAAAAAGCCUAGUAUUAUAAUAGAUUCAAAAAUAAGUUUAAAAUAUUUGUUUUGUAUAUAAUGUUGGUUCUUUUAAGUUUUCAAUUAGAGAAUAUAAUGUGUCAGUUGUAUUUAUGUUGGAUAUUUUUUCAAAAUUUGAGAAUCAGUUUUAAUAUUUUAAUU